AUGCAUCUCCUCCACUUCCGCGACCUCCUCCCCCUCCCCGACGGCGCAAACGCCUCCGACACAGUCCUCGGCGGCGUCCACUUCAACCGCACCGUCCUCGACUUCUGGAACUACACCCUCUACUCCAACAACACGCUCUCCAACGGCUCAAACUGCUUCCUCACCCAGCAGCCCUACACCCCCGUCGCCCUCCUCCCCAACGGCUCCUUCGUCAACUCCACAUGGUGCUACGACCCCAUCCGCUCCAUCGGGCCCCGCGCAAAGGCCGGCGUCGCCAUCGGCGUCGUCUACGCCGUCGCCCUCAUGCUCAUCCUCGCCUGCCUCAAGAAGCACGGCCGCCAGUACCUGCCCACGACAAAGCGCUUCUACCCCGUCGGCAAGCGCUGGCAGUGGUACUACGCCAUCCUCGUCUGCGUCGCCGCCUUCAUCAGCCUGUUCAUGACCAUCGACGUCGAUCGCUUCUGGGUCGUCGGCCUGCCCAUCAUCAUCAACAGCUUCUUCUGGUACCUCCUGCAGCAGUUCACCAUGGCGCUCGUAUGGGAGGCCGUCCGCCACUGGGGCAGCUGGAGCGAGAGGCAGUACAUCGACCCGGACCCGUUCAUCCUGCGCGAGGGCGACAAGCGAGACAAGUUUGAGUUUUGGCUGCCGUUGUGGUACUACCUCUGGUUAUGGCUGAACUUCUUCCUCAUCAUCCCCCGCAACUGGGGCGAAAUCGAAAAGCAGCGCUCCCCAGACCAAACCGCCGCCCGCGCCGAGCCAAACGCAACAGACGUCCGCUUCAAAGUCGCAACCUUCUGCCUCGUAAUCUGCUGGCUCACCAUCGUCGCCUCCCUCCGCCACUCCAUCCUGCACUACUACCCCCGCAACCGCGGCGUCCUCAACAAAGCCCGUGGCUUCAUCCGCUACACCCCGCUGCGCUUCAAGCUCGUCAUCCCCCUCGCCGCCUGCCUCAUCGCCUACCAGGGCCUCGUCUCCUUCCGCUGGGACUACUCCGUGCUCAACACCCAGGCGAACCUCGCCGCCGUCUACGCCGGCGGCUACGGCCCCGCCCUGCUCAUCCUCUUCAUCCAGAUCGCCUACGGCUUCAUGUCGCCCAACGAGGACAAGGAGCUCAUGCGCCAGCGCCGCGUCCGCGAGGCAGAGAUCGACCACGACCUCGGUAUCGUCGCCAAGCCCGCCUGGUGGAAGCGCGUCACCCGCGACGACCACCUCAUCGGCAAGAUGUCCAUGCGCGACCGCAUCGCCCGCAACGUCCGCGAAGUAGGCGGCGUCCGCGCCCCCGCCACCCAGCAGCCGCAGCAAGCUUACAACGAUGCGCCGCCAGAGGAGCAGCCGCGCGAGAUCGAGAUGGGCAACAUGGGCGGCAGCAGCUCCAACACCUCCACCCCGGUACGGCCGGGCUUCGACGCCGCAAAGGGCUCCACCUUCUCCUCGUACGCCGGCAAGUCCGACCGGCGCCGGCAGGAGCGGACGAUGAACGCGGCCGCGGAGCUGCUCUUCCCCAACUCUGGGGCGGGCCGGCCGGACCGCGCGUCGGAGCUGAUGCAAGACGGCCCGCCGCCCUCGUACACCGACGCCCAGACCCGUGGCAGGUCGGACAACGUCUCGCUCAACUCCCUCACCCCCGGGGAGCGGAGUAACAGCACCAGCACAGCCGUCUCUGUCUCGGGGCAGCCGCAGCAGGUGAAGAGUAUGCUUGAUGUGUAA